UACUUAAUAAUGUAUCUUGGGUGAUGGUUCCACCUUGGUACUUAAACAUCUGUGGAGCCUUCUCUGACAGAAUUGGUUAAAAAGAAAAUGCUCGGGUGGGGGAGAAUGUUAAUAAUGAAAGGGUUAAGUCUCUAGGGAAGAGAAGGGAUGCUCAUGGGUGGGUGUUAGGAGGUUUGAGAGCCUUCUGAUCGUGUGUGUAAAACUGUGGGCCCGAAUGGAUCUUCAGGGAAGAGGGAUUGUGUCUCUCCAAGGGGGUCUGUGACCCAGAAAAGACAAAGAACCACAGCAUUGGGUUGUGCGGAUUAAACAGAGCAGGAGGCAGAGGUUAACUCGUCAGAGGGCAGCGUCCCUUGGUUCUUGGGCCUCACCGGGGCAGCCACGGAUCGGGCUGAGACAGCGGCAGAGCUGCCAGCCCUGGUAGCCUCUUGGAAGGUGACUGGAGCCUUCCCGCUAACGAAGGAGGGUUCCCGCAUCGUUCAAGGAGGGUGGUCCUGACCCUGAGGAUGAAGUACAAGGGCUUCCCGAGAUCGGACAAUUCCGAUGGCCAGACCUGGGACGCCCUUAAGGGUCACUGGGUUUAGGGAAAAACCGAGGCACAAAGAGGCCAGGGGGUGAGUCCAAGGUCACUAGCCAGGCGAAUGCAGAGCCUGUGGGUUGCUCCAGCCUAUGACAUUCGGUGUUCCUUCCCUGCUGGAGCGGAAGGAGACCAGGGAGCCGAGGCCCUCCAGAUGCUGUGAGGCUGCCUGUUGCCGCUUGCCUCAUGGUGUGUGGGUGAGGGAAGAGGGGAGCACGGAGCAGAGCCCGCAGCCCGGGUGGGCGUGUCAUCCCCCCACCUCGCUGCUCCUGCAACAUCGCCUCCCCGCCGCCUGCCUGCCUGCGUCCUCACAUUAGACUGCAGCCAACCAGGCAGGAAUUCUGAACUCAGCCGAGACGCUGCGUUAAGGAGCUGCACUGCAGGAUGUGGCCACUAGAGGGCAGCAGGGAAGCCACUGCGGCGGUUCCGCAGGAGAGAGCUCGCCGGCUGGGAGAGUGUGCAGGAAGGCAGGGGCUCCUGGCAGACGCUUGCCUGGCAGAGGUCUGGGCACAGCGGUCAGGAAGCGUGUCUGGCUCAGGGUCACAGUCAGUGCUGAUGGGUUAUGAGAGACCUCCUUGAGACAGAAAGCACACGAGGCAUCAAUGACGAUAAAAGUAACAACACUUAUUGAGCACUUCCUCCUCGCUAGACACUGUACGAAGUUAAUCAAUCCUAAAAAAACAGGCUUGUUAAAAUUAUCCCCAUUUCUUAGGUGAGAAAACCAGAGGCCCAGGGAGACUGGGGGAAUCUGGUCAUCCAUAGGGCUGGUGCCAGAGCCAACGUCCCAAGUGCAAGGCUGUACCAUAUUAUACGCCUGUUCAGAUGACUACUGCUACAUUAUACUUAAUUUACGGGUGGGGAAACUGAGGCUCAGAGAAAACGAGUGAGUCGCCCAGGGCCGCGUCCUGCUGAGUGACAGGUCCAGGUAGGUGUGGUUUCAAGGCUUGAGCUCUUAGCUCUGAAUUCUAGUUCUCCCAGGUGGAGGUGUUUCCCACCCCCAUCCUGUACCCUAAUUUGAAGGUAGCUGGUUCCAAAGUCUGAACUUUCCUUUGAGAAUGGGUGACUCCCAAGAGAAGUUAGAUUUUGGAUGCCCACGUCUAAGGCUUGCCUGGAUUUUGACUCACCAGAGGUGGAGGGAUGCCACGCCAGAGGCUUCAAGAAGCCCCAGAGAGGGGCUCUGGGGCCCACAGUCCAGCUUAGAGGAUGGGGGUAUUGAAGGUAUCCCUUGCAGUGGCCAGAGCUCCCCUGGGAACAAUGGGGCCCGGCCUCAGGGCCUCUGGUUUCCAGGGCAGUUGCUUCCAGCAUACCAAGGACACUUGGCGGGCCCUGGGCCUGGUUCUGCCAGGCUGGCACGCCAACAGGGGCAUUUCUAGGAGGGCCUGACUUCCUCCAUCUUCCCGUUCCCAUGCCCUGGCUUUGCCCUCCUUGGGGGUGGGGGGUUGGAGGGGUGACAACGGGUGGCCUGCCUUCAACAUCUUCCCCUCCCGGGUGUCCAGAUUGCACCUUGUAAAUCUGAGUCCUGCUUUUUAAGGGAUGUAUAGCAUCGCAAUGAUGCUUUAAUUCCUUCUGAUUUAUUGGCAAAGACAGCAGCUUCCAAUCUUGGCCUUAGUUCUUGGGGGGGUGGUGGUUCAAGGAAGUGAGGGGAACAAACUUAAAAUGGUUUCCUCCUUGAAAGAUGCUCAUCUUGGGUGAAUUGUUUUUGGAAUGGGAAUCUUAAGAGUUAAGGGAACUCUCUUUAAAGCUUCCAUUUCCUGUCUUGGUGAGGACCAAAGGGUGCUGAAUGUAGCUGAAGAGGGAGUAGGUCAGGGAGGAGGAUUUUGAGCAUACUGCCUGGCUGGAAUCCUGGCUCUAUGCUUGGAGAAGUUAUCUGUGUAGAACCUCAGUUUUCUUAUCUGUAAAAUGGAACCAUGACCCCACAGGGUUACUGUGAGUGCUAGAUGAGCUGAUGCCUGGAAAGGGAGCCUGUGACUGGGAGAAACAUCAUGAGUGCCCAGAAGUACUUGCUUUCCUUCAUGUUAUUUUACCCACCGUGCUCAGAAUAGUACCUGGCUCAUGCUAGAUAAUAACAUGCUUGUGAAUAAAUACAAAGGAAAUAUGGCCGAAUGAAACAGCACUGCCGCUAAAGAAUGGACUCCCGAAUAAUUUAAAAAAAUGACGCUGCACGAAUAUCGGUGACCUUCCCUACCUGUUCUCUAAAGACGUUCACGUUUGUCUUGGGGCACUUGGGCAGGGCUGGCCUGCACUCUGCAUGGGUCACAUAUGAAGCUGAGACGCUGUUCUCUGUGCGUCCUCCGAGCAACCCUGCUGAUGGAGACAGCGUCUUCUGCUCUCGUGGGGUGAGGCAGUGUGGGAUGGGGGUGCGUUCCUCAGCUCACACUGGAGGUUCCCCAGAACCUGACUGCACCUUUCCCCUGUUUACUGCCAUCUGGUGACAAGGUACUGCUUCCUCUAAGCACCAAGCAGGGUUUUGCACCUAAAACAGGCCUCCCCGAGCCGCCACCAGCCCCCUGCCCGUCCCUAAGCUUCAGCAUGUUCCUUCUGCACCAAACUGAUGGUAGAAGAGCCACAGCGCUGGCCCAAGAGUCUGAUCCAGAGGGACUCGCGUCUCUCCUACUUCUUACUUGCUUACCACGCCCAUUGGCGCGGUCUCUGAGCCUUAGUUUCAUCAUCUGAACAAUGGGAGUGAGGACCCUGACCUUCCAGCAGGGGCUUUCAGGAAAACAGACUCUCUCCCUGGUGUGGGGAGCUGGGUGAGUGAGUUGAACCCGAUAGCACCCAUUUGGGAAAUGAGGACCCACUCGUCCCGCCCCCAAGGGGAAUUGUGCCCAAUAGUGAACGUGGGAAGAAUAUGCAGAAGGCGCCGGCAUUCACCCAACCUCCACGAGCCCAGUAGUUCAACCAGACCAGACAGCAAAGGGAAGAGCAUGCUCUAAGUCUCAGAAGUCAUCUGAACAUCGCCUUCUAACAUCUGGUGCCUCUUGUGCUGAUUCACAAAUGAGCAGGGGACAGUAAUUACAUGCAUGUCUGAAGGCCCAAUACGGGUAACCUGGAGGAACAGUGAGUCAGGUCUUCUUGGAGGGAGGCAGCAUGGGCUCUGGGGAACCUGCCGGAUCUGUGCCUCAGCUUUCUUGCCUGUGAAAUGGAACUGAUACUGGCUUCCACGUAAAGUUCUUGCGGAGCACUGAUGAGCCAAGUCUGCUGGCCACGGGACUGCUGCACGGGCCGUGACUGCCGGUGAGGCCUGGAGAUCCGGCAGCUGCGGACUGCCCAGCGCCGAACAGCCCCCCUUUGACCUCACAUGCUGGAGAAGCAGCCCCAUGAAGGUGCCCAGCCAUGCAAUGUUCCUGGAAGGCCGUCCUCCUCCUUGCCCUGGCCUCCAUCGCCAUUCAAUACACGGCCAUCCGCACCUUCACGGCCAAGUCCUUCCACACCUGCCCGGGCCUGGCGGAGGCCGGGCUGGCCGAGCGGCUGUGCGAGGAGGGCCCCACGCUCGCCUAUAACCUCUCGCGCAAGACCCACAUCCUUAUCCUGGCCACCACGCGCAGCGGCUCCUCCUUCGUGGGCCAGCUCUUCAACCAGCACCUGGACGUCUUCUACCUGUUUGAGCCCCUCUACCACGUGCAGAACACACUCAUCCCCCGCUUCACCCAGGGCAAGAGCCCAGCCGAUCGGCGGGUCAUGCUGGGCGCCAGCCGGGACCUCCUGAGGAGCCUCUACGACUGCGACCUCUACUUCCUGGAGAACUACAUCAAGCCACCGCCCGUCAACCACACCACCGACAGGAUCUUCCGCCGCGGGGCCAGCCGCGUGCUGUGCUCCCGGCCGGUGUGCGACGCCCCGGGCUCGGGGGGCCUGGUGCUGGAGGAGGGGGACUGUGUGCGCAGGUGCGGCCUGCUGAACCUGACGGUGGCCGCCGAGGCCUGCCGCGAGCGCAGCCACGUGGCCAUCAAGACGGUGCGCGUGCCCGAGGUCAACGACCUGCGGGCCCUGGUGGAAGACCCUCGCCUAAACCUCAAGGUCAUCCAGCUGGUCCGGGACCCCCGGGGCAUCCUGGCCUCCCGCAGCGAGACCUUCCGCGACACGUACCGCCUCUGGCGGCUCUGGUACGGCACCGGGCGGAAGCCCUACAACCUGGACGUGACGCAGCUGACCACCGUGUGCGAGGACUUCUCCAACUCCGUGUCCACCGGCCUCAUGCGGCCCCCGUGGCUCAAGGGCAAGUACAUGCUCGUGCGCUACGAGGACCUGGCCAGGAACCCCAUGAAGAAGACUGAGGAGAUCUACGGGUUCCUGGGCAUCCCCUUGGACAGCCACGUGGCACGCUGGAUCCAGAACAACACGCGGGGAGACCCCACCCUGGGCAAGCACAAGUACGGCACGGUGCGAAACUCGGCGGCCACGGCCGAGAAGUGGCGCUUCCGCCUCUCCUACGACAUCGUGGCCUUCGCCCAGAACGCCUGCCAGCGGGUGCUGGCGCAGCUGGGCUACAAGAUGGCCAGCUCGGAGGAGGAGCUCAAGAACCCCUCCAUCAGCCUGGUGGAGGAGCGGGACUUCCGCCCUUUCUCGUGACCGGGGCUCCGCGGGUGGGGGCAGGGGGCACACGAUGUCGGUUUUGAUAACAUGGACCGUUUUUAACUGUUGCCUUAUUUCCCCCUUCCCUCUCCCACCCCGUCUUUGGUGUCCUAUCUGCCCCGUCCGCCCCCCUCCCCACUUCCACCUGCCUCUCUUUGUCUCUGAAAUUUGCACUAUGUCUUGGACAGGAAUCCUUGGGGCAGAGGGGGUGGUGAAGUGGGGUCCAGCCCCACCCCACACCGUUCAGACACUCGGGUGUGUGUCUCUGGUGGAUGGUGACAAUGUUUACAAGCACCACACUUACACAUUCACAUACGCACGUACACACACACACACACACGGGCGCUUGAGAGGAGAGACACCCCAAACCACACAACUUCUGAGGUUUUUUGAAUGGACGAGUGGUCAGGGUAUGGUAGUUUUUGCACUGUCUUACUUCAACAAGGUAAGAGGUUAAAAACAAAAAGGCCACCUGUCUCUAAUUUAUGAAUGGUGUUUAUCCCUCCCCAUCCUGCUUCUGCCUCCCAAUAUCCGCUGCCCCCCACUCCUUGGAGCAGAGAAAACUGCCCCUUCCUGCCCAUCCUUGCCUGUCGGUGAGCAGGUUUUUACUGUGAGGUGAACGUGGACCUUGUUUAUUUCUUCCAGUCUGUGGCAACGCUGUCUGUCUGUCUGUAUGAGUUUUGUGGCUGCCCCUGGACCAGUGAUGGCUGAUAAAUAUUAUGGUUUUCUGAUUGAUCUUGGGGUCCAUCUGUGAUAUUUCUUUGUGCCAAAAAAAGAAAAAAAAAAGAGUGGUUCAGUUUGCUAAAUGAACAUUGAAAUGCUUUAUCUGUGUUUUCUGUGAAUAAAAGAGUGCAAUGAUG